AUCACAUCGCAGCUCUAACAUCACCGAGGUGACAGGAUGGAGGGAACAUCUCUGCUGUGGCUGCUCUCUCUGACCUCAUUGCUAUGUCGCACAACAGAAGAAGCCUCUCUGACUGCGAGUCCCAGCAACUCUCAGAUGUUUGAAGGAGACUCCGUCUCUCUGGGCUGUGAGGAGGACGACGGCUCAGCUGGAUGGAGGCUGACGAGGAACACGACCAAGCAGCAGAAGACCAGAUGUGGAGAUGGGUGGGGAAUAUCAGAAGAUUCCUCCUGUAACAUCAGCUACAUCUUCACAUGGGAGAGUGGAACUUACUGGUGUGAGUCCAGAGAGGGAGCAACCAGUAACAGCAUCAACAUCACUGUCACUGGUGGAGCAGUGAUCCUGCAGAGUCCUGUCCUCCCUGUGAUGGAGGGACAUGAUGUCACUCUGCACUGUAAAACAAAGACCCCUCCCUCCAACCUCCCAGCUGCUUUCUAUAAAGAUGGCUCCCUCAUCAAAGAGACUACAGGUCACAUGACCAUCCACCAUGUUGACAAGUCUGAUGAAGGCCUCUACAGCUGUAACAUCACAGGUCAUGGAGAGUCUCCACCCAGCUGGAUCACUGUCACAGGAAAACCUAUAACUUCAUCUCCUCCCACCUCGGCAUUGGCUCCUCCCACCCCAGCCCUGCCCUCUGCCUCAGCCCCCCUCCAGGUUGUAUUCAGACUGCUCUACCACCUGGUGGUGUUCUGUCCAUACUUCAUCUCCACUGUCAUCAUGGUGUCUUUAUAUCGACAGAGACCCACAGGAAAUGACCGACCUGUCUCUAUCUCCGUGGCAACAGCACUACCCACCCAGGCUGACCAGAGAUUGGCUGAGGACAGCGAUGAUAGCAAUGACGUUGUGGCAGUCACCACCGAGCAUCACUUCUGA